AUGGCCUCUCAAAGCCCAGCGAACAGCGGAACGAUGACCAUCGAGGAGAUGCGAGCGGCAUAUCCAGAAGAUCCAGUCAGAAAGUAUAAGGACGGUAUCGCACGCAAUCCUCCUAACGCCAAUCAGAUGAUUCAGUGGCUGCAGAUAUUUGAAAGAGAGACACCAUCAGGCCCACCUAUCGACCCCACUGAACUCCUCGACCUCGACGCGGAUACCCUGUGGAGGAUCCGAUGCCUCAAAUAUCGAGACCUCCCCGUUUCUCUCUGUGAUGGAGAUAGAGUGAACCUACUUGCCAUUCUGGACGCUUAUCGCCAACGCAAGCUCGCUGUAGAUUUUGAUAACGUUACUGUUUGGUACGCAGGGCAUAUGGUCUACGGGCUGGUACCAAACAAGAGUUUCAACUUCGCAAGGAUACUCAGGGAGAAAUGCCCAGAGUGCUACGAGAAGUACGGUGAAAGCGCCAUGCACGCGGAGCAGCCGGGAGUUAUCAACUAUCUAUAA